UCCACGACUGGGAUCCGCGUUGCCAUCAAGGCCUCUUCGCCAGGUCGCCCUGAACCAACUCGUUGUAUAAAACGCCCCUCCCGUCGAUUUCUGGGUACAUUGUUGUACUUCCCGCUGCCUAACGAUUCUAUUCCUUCAUCAUGCACGCUGCAUUUAUUAUUUUCUUGACUGUCAUUAUUGGCGUUUUUUGUCAAGAGCCUCGUUAUCAAUCAUCGCAUCAAGCGGCAAUUUUGAGCGACGCGCGUUAUCUGGCAGGUGAUGGCACAUUUGGAGCGGCCUAUUCUCAAGAAGACGGUGUUGAAUUUAAAGAAGAGAGCGAUGUGGAUGGUAAUCGACGUGGAUCAUACUCGUACGUCGAUCCAACCGGGCAAAGACGUACCGUGACCUAUACUGCGGGAAAAAAUGGCUUCCAGGCGACCGGGGAUCACAUUCCCACUGCACGUCCGCAAGUAGCCCCGCAACCGGAAUACGUACCGUUGUCGCAGUAUAAUCCGCCGGAUUAUCAAUCCCCGAAUUACGCAUCACCACCUGUUCAACAGUAUCCACAGCGCUAUGAACCAGCGGAUUACGAGCCACAGCCUGUCGUUUACCAGCCGCAGCCUCCACCUCCGCAAUAUCGGUAUCGACCGCAGCCGCAACCUAGUUAUCAUCAUCCCUCGGAAUUACAAAGUAUACCCUCUUAUGAGCCUCCUAGUCCGCGUUAUCAACCUCGUCCCGCGCCGUACAACGCGAUAACGACUCCGGCUCCUCCCAAUUUUUAUCCACCGGGGAAGCUCAAUUUCAAUCGAACCCCCGACGGUUUUUCCUACACAUUCAGCAAAAGUUAAGUGGCAUAUAAAUUAAAUGAAAGACGCGACGAUCAGGUUGUAAAAUUUUUAAUCUAUGAUAAGAAAUACAUACAUAUAAUAUCGAAUCUUGACCGAUCGAGAUGUGCCAUUAAUUAAAAGAGAAUUCAAGAUUUUGAAUAGAAACGCGUGGCCGAAUAUAUAUUUAUAUUAAAGAAAUAAAAAAUAGCUAAAACAAGUGUAUCAAAUGUGAAAAAAUAUCAUUUACUUCAGAAUCAACAUCAUGACAUUAAUUUCCAUUUUUCUCAUGUCAAAUCUGUAAUCAAUUUUACGUUCGUAAUUGAUAUAAUAAUUAUUAUACCUU